GAAUGUUGUAAGCUGUUGGUUGUUGCCGCUCGAUGGACAUCACCGAGGCAGUUGGCUCUUUGCGCUGGAUGAACAUACAGCAACACCUCCUCGCAGGCCUCAAAGGCAGAAGAGGUCUGGAUUAUUUGACCGUCGCAAGCCACAAAAGACCUACUUCAUAAUCUGAAAUUGUGAGCCUCUAGCAAGCCCUCGCUGCUUGGCCGGUUGACCAUCAUGGCCCAAUCUGUCCCCAUGGAUCUGGAUAAGCCAGAGGACGUCUUUCUCCAGGACAUCUCCGGACCUACGAUCGCUGAGCAUGCACUGAAAUGCACCGAACUCUUCCAGAAGAAUAUGGCUUUGCCCAACAUUGUCCCCGAUCCGACGAUAAUGGAUGACCAGUUAGCGAGGUUUACGCUAUGGGCUUCCAACAUGGACGUCUUCGGGCCGCCGAACAUCUCUCUGGAUUUCAGACUCAGAUACAGUCCGAACAUUGUCGAUAUUCUUCACCAGCUUCUAGACGUGAUCUGUAAUUCUCUCAUGGAGUUGAAACCGAUGGACGAGCCACCACCGACCCCGAGUAGGAAGAAGCGUCGCCUAUCCAUUUCAGACCAAGUGCGCAUGGUCGGGAGCGACGACAACGACAGCGACACAGACAGUGACGAAGAUCAAGCCGACAAAAACACUACCCUCUUCACGUACACUAUCAGUGGUACCGUGACGCGACUAUUUCGAUUGUCUAAUGCGAUUCGAAAGUCCGCAAAGAACUCGAGAGCACAAAAGCUAAGGGACUAUCAGUUGGAUGAUGAAACACAGCAUGCUAUUGAUGAGCUGCGCUUAUACACCGACUGCUAUAUCCGCUUCCGUUUCCCUGAGGCCCCAGAGUCGCUUCGCUGUGCCCUAAUCGAGGCAAAUGUACUGCGACUUCGGCGACUCUCUUAUCAGCGGCUGCAUCGGAGACGUAUUGCGUUAAGUAUUGAACACCCGCAGGCAGGUCAGAUAAAACUGCCGCUGCCCAAGAGUCCGGAGAAGCCAAGAACUGUGCGGUUCGCUCCAGAGGCGACCCCAAAGGUCAAAGUCAUCCACGAGGAACCUAGUCGGCAGCCCUAUCCACCCGCUCCGUUAACCUACGCUACCACCGCUCGACAGACUGAGAUCGGGGCGCUGUAUGCAAAGUCCACAACGGAGGUCCCCCGAGCAAAGUCCGUGUUGGUGAACAAUGAGCUUUCUUUCCCGCCCAUUCCGCAACAGAAUGAAUGCCCUUACUGUGGCGUCAUCAUCGAAUUCAAGGGUCCUAACAAAUCCAACAUCUGGAGAACCCAUGUUAUUAGGGAUCUAGAGCCAUUUACUUGUCUCUUCACUGCAUGUACGGAUUCAUGUCGCCAGGGCCACGACCCAUUGACUUUCGAAUCAUCCAAGGCGUGGAUGAGCCAUAUGAAGAACUCGCACGGAAUCGCGUGGGAAUGCAGAGCCCCUUCUCACAAGCCUAUGAUCUUCAGAGACGAGAUCCAAUUCCAGAAGCACUCUUAUGAUGAACACGGUGUUCCCGAAGCUCACGUCCGGACAUUGAGUGAAGCAGCACGGAGGCCAUUCCAGGAAAAAAUACACGAGUGUCCCUUUGGUGAUGACUUUGUCCCAUCUGAAGAGGCUGACCGUUAUGGAAUCUUUUCCUACGACAAUCUGCAUUCUCACGUUGCCGCACACAUGAAGGAGCUUGCCCUGCUUGCGCUGCAGAAGCUCCCUAAUGACGACGAGACAGAGGCCAGUGACUUCGACAGUGACAUAUUAAUUGGAGAUGAUGGCAAUGCAAAAUUACGUGGGUCUAUGUGCAGUAUCAUGGACGAUGAUGAAUUGAACUUCUCAGAUACUGCAGAAGACGGCCAGGCUGGUGACAUCAAGGAAAGCAUCACUUCUUCGAUUAAAAACCUUGAUCUUGAAGACAUCCAUCAGCCAACGGGCCUCGAUGCACUUCGACAUGCGAUUCAAUCCGACGACGUGGAGCGAGUCCGGGCUUUGAUGCACCUCGUCACUGGCAGCGAUAGGUCUCGUAGCAAGAAGCCUCUUCAUUAUGCUGCUCUUUACCACAAGCGAGAUAUAAUGACUCUUUUGCUAAAGGCUUCUGAUCGCGAGACGAUUUGUGCCAAAGACGAAAACGGCCUGACGCCACUGCACUACGCGGCAAAAGAAGGCUUUGUGGAAGGCAUUGGCUUGCUGGUUCAAGCUGGAGCCCCAAUCGAUAUGCGCGACGAUUAUGAGUUCACGCCACUAAUAUGGGCCGCUGUCAGAGGGGACAUAGAUGCAAUCGAAAAGCUGGAAUCACUUGGAGUUGAUCCGGCAGACAAGUACGACGAUUCACGGGGUACGUCUGCUAUGGGAUGGGCAAUCAGUCUUGGCCAGCGCGCCCUGGCUACACAUUUCAUCGAGUCAAAGCCAUCACUACCGAGAGUAUCUGAGGCUCUCCUGAUGAACCAGGCGGCUGCCCAGGGUAUGGAGGAUGUAGUACACCUCCUCAUGGAAGAAGGUGUCUCUGUGAACGACCGAGAUCGUGACGGGUGGUCCGCUAUACAUUGGGCUCUUGAGGGGAUAGCAUCAUAUACCGGGGACCGAGAUUUCAAUCCAGCAGGUGACAGAGCAGAGUUUUUUUUAGAUUUCAUCCUUGAUAAUGAGGCCAAUAUUGAUGCGGUGAGCUCAUACGGAACUUCGCCAUUGCACUGUGCUGCAGGCACUGGCAUGCGUCUGAUAUCUCGGCUUCUAAACCGUGGGGCAGACCCGACUGGCACAACAUGCCAUGGCUGGACAGCAAUACACCACGCUGCCAACCUAGGGUACCAUGACAUAUUAGGGGUCCUCUACGGCCGUUUAGGUGAAAAAAGAUAUCAGCUCGCUCAUUCGCAGGACAAUCACGGCUGGUCUACACUACAUCUUGCCGUUCUUGGGAGGCAUCUGGAUACGGUCAGGAAACUCCUCCGCAUGCCUCAAGGGGACCGGCUCCUCGUUUCGCAAGACGAUCUUGGCCGCACGGCAGAAGAUUGGCUCGAAAUUGAGAUCGGGAGUCAUGCUUAUGCGAAACUCAGCAAUCUGGCGUACGCAAAGUCUCGGUGUUGCAGGCCAGUCACUGGCCUACGAAAAGCAGCACGGGAGAACAAUAUAGACCUGAUCGAGCUCCUCUUGGAUAAGGGUCAUGAGAUUAAUGGCACUGACCAUGGGCGAAGAACUGCAUUGUAUUAUGCUGCGAGUAAAGGCCACCUGCGGAUCGUAGAAUUGCUGUUAAGCAAAGGUGCGGAUCCGAAUAUCCUGCCAGUAGGACGCCUGAUGUGGGAACACUUUGUCCGCGACUUUGAGAUAUUGCAACAACUCCAGCAGUACGGGUACAGCAAGCCAGUUCACGACGUUGAGAAAGACAACCAGAUCAGAUUGAUGCUGCAAAAUGCCGCUUCUACAAAUUCUCUUUCGCAGCUCGAUGACUCAGCGCUGCCGAUAAGGCCUAAUCCGCCGGCUCAGAACACUUCUACUUCGUCUGGCACUCCUAAUCAAGCCACGGCAGAGUCAAGAAACGAGCAACCUCGAUCUCGAAUUUCAAGCUUCUGGAAGCGACUCCGAGGCUAAACUACCGACGUUUUGACGCACAUGACUCACGACUUCCAGCGAGGAAGACUUUGGCGCAAUGCAAUAACGAUUAGAAGAAUCCCAGUAGGCAAGCAAAGCCUCCUUUAGCUUGAACAGAACGUUGGGCAGCUUCAAUAUAAACAAUGGCUAGCUAUAUAAGUAAUGUAAUUAAAAAGUUAAAUUAGAUUCCAGUGGUACAGA